CCCGUCUAUCGGAGCUCUCACCGAUACACUCGAACGAAAUAACGAAAAAAAGACAACAAGACAGCCUGGAACCUCGCGUAGCCCAAGUUCCGCACCCAGGGAUGGCUUCAGGAGAUCUUUAUGAGGUAGAGCGAAUAGUGGACAAACGGAAGAACAAGAAGGGCAAAUGGGAAUACUUAAUUAGAUGGAAAGGCUACGGCAGCAAAGAGGAUACCUGGGAGCCAGAGCACCACCUGUUGCACUGUGAAGAGUUCAUUGAACAGUUCAAUCAUCUACGCCUGCAGGAGCGACGCUCCAAGCCUGCCAAGACCGGUGUGACCACACCACGACACGUUAGCCGACCUGGGGCACAUGACUCCUCCAGGGGCCGAGGAGACACCAGAAAGAAGAAAAGGACUAGUGGGGCAGGGGCUUGGGGAGGAGGAGGUGCAGGAUUAGGGUCCCAGCAGAAACCAAGGAAGGUAACCGGUAGCAAACAUACUGGGGACAAAGUGACCAAAGGUAUGACUUACAAGAGAGUACAUGGAGGACUACAGUUUGUGCCACCUAUUAGGGGAUCUCCAAACGGACUACAAAAUGGGGAUGUAAAUACUCUCCAUUAUAGGACUAAUACCAGUGCACAGGGAAUGCCCAGCAACAGAGUGGACAGGACUCUAAGAGACAUGGAUCUCAGUGGUGCCACACACACACCUUUAAAUGAAUUAGGGUCCACUCUCUCCAACGGGGGGCUAAAUUUGCACAGUUCAGUGAAACGAAAGCUUGCUGAAGAUAAAGCCUAUGUUUUCGACAAACGACUGAGAUAUAACGUGCGACAGAACGAUACCAACUGCAGAUUUCGUGACAUUGUUGUGAGGAAGGAAGAUGGCUUCACACAUGUGCUGUUAUCAAGUCAGACAUCUGAUAACAAUGCUUUAACCCCUGAGAUUAUGAAGGAAGUAUGUCGGGCACUUGGGAAUGCCGCAGCUGAUGACAGCAAGUUGCUGUUGCUCAGUGCUGUUGGAAGCAUUUUCUGUAGCGGACUGGACCCCUCAUACCUAAUUGGCCGUCUCUCCACUGACCGCAGGAAAGAGAGUAGCAGGAUCGCAGAUGCAGUAAGGGACUUCGUAAAGGCAUUCAUCCACUUUAAAAAACCUAUAGUCGUGGCAAUCAAUGGGCCUGCCUUGGGCUUAGGGGCAUCUAUCUUACCCCUUUGUGAUAUUGUAUGGGCCAGUGAGAGAGCUUGGUUCCAGACGCCAUGUGCUAGCCUGCGUCUCACUCCAUCAGGCUGCUCAUCAUAUACCUUCCCCCAAAUACUGGGAGUGGCUCUAGCCAAUGAGAUGCUGUUCUGCGGCAGGAAGCUCACAGCACAAGAAGCCUGUAGCCGUGGUUUGGUUUCUCAAGUGUUUUGGCCAACGACCUUCAACCAGGAAGUGAUGCUGAGAGUGAAAGAGAUGGCUGCUUGCAGUGCUGUUGUUCUGGAAGAGUCCAAAUGCCUGGUGCGGAGCAUUCUAAAGUCUGUUCUGGAGGAGGUAAAUGAGAAGGAGUGCCAGAUGCUGAAACAGCUGUGGUGUUCCACAAAGGGACUGGAGGCUCUCUUCAGCUAUCUACAGAACAAGGGUUUUGAUAUCUGAUCUUUGACUUUGCAAUCUCUUUAGAGCACAGGCUAGUGAGACCAAAUGCCUGACCAUCAACUGCCCGAAGACAAACCAUGACCUUUGACCUUUGAGCUUUAGUCUUUAGAAAGGUCAAAGUCAGUGAGGCCUAAGGCCUUGACUUUGCCCUGCUUGAGGCACAUGUACUGAAAGACCGGUGUUUUAGACGUCUACUCUCUGCGUUUGUAGUAAUGAGCAAGAAGCUGAGCUGCAAGACUGUCUUUGAGAUGGAAGAGACAACACGGGAGCACUCUACAUCAUCAUAUUGUCAUUUGGAUCUGGAAAUCUGGAAAUAAUAUUAGAUAUUCUGAGAGGGAUAGAGCCAGGGGCACGGAGUGCUUGCUCUGCGCUGUGCCUCUGAUUCCAUGCAGCAGAGAGUCAAUAGCAAGCGUGAAGAUUCAGCAAGUACUG